CAGUAAACUGUACAUAUUAAUCAUAAAGAGCGCAAAAAAUGAAACGCUCCCCCCUUCCACGUGGCAUCGCCUCAUACCGGAAGAGUUUUCCUGACUGUUUACACCAGCUCAGCUUUGCUCCAACUUAGCGCCACUGCUUUAGUAAGCAGUUACAUACAUUACUGUAGUUUUGAAAAUACCUUUUAAAGACUGAUAUAAAAAAACACAUCGACAUUCCUGUGUUAGCAUGCCGCUCUGCAGGCGGAGACGCUGCGGACGAGUGUAGCGAUGCCCAGCUGGUUAGCAUCGUCGCUAAGUUAGCCAGCGGCAGUAGCUAAUUUCAAACACUGCGGUAACAUCCAGCGGAGGGGGGGCUCAGGUAUGUCCACUCCCCUGUAACAGGUGCGGGGGUUUACAUGUGCGGUGGCAGACAGCCUUGGUGAUUCACGCACCUCCAGCCGGUCCAGGGAGCGCCGCCAUGGGCGCGGAGAACAGCGCGGCGCGGGGCUGCUCUCUGCUCGGGGAGCCGCUCCUCACGCUGCCGUCGGGACUCACCACGUACUCCGCGGUUCUCCAGGACGGGAAGCCCGCGACCGUCUUUGUCCACCGAGCGGGAAAUGAGGACAAAGUCAAGAAAGCAGCCAAGCACCUGAAGACGCUGAGGCAUCCGUGUCUGCUGCGCUUCUUGUCCUGCUCCGUGCAGGCGGGCGCCAUUCAUCUGGUUACGGAGCACGUGCAGCCCCUGGAGCUGCUGCUCGACAGCCUCUCUCCGGAGGAGAUCUGCGCAGGCAUCUUCGACCUCCUGCAGGCGCUGGUCUUUCUGCACGAGAGGGGGAAGUCGAGCCACAACAACGUCUGCAUUUCCUCUGUGUUUGUCAGCGAAGACGGUCACUGGAAACUUGGAGGAAUGGAGACCGUCUGUAAAUUCUCUGAAGCAACUCCUGAGUUUCUCCAAAGCGUUGAAAAUGCUCGAGAAGCCAGCUGCGUUCCCCCCGAGGAGCAGGCGGAGGGCUUCAAGAUGCUCCCGGACAGACACGCCCACGCUCGCGACUGCUACUCCUUCGGCGUGAUGAUGGAGGCGCUCGUCCCUCUCCUGAACGGUUACGUUUCACAGGAGCUCUCCGAGAGUCUAACCCGAACUCUGCAGGCCGGCCCGCUGAACUCUGACCCCACGGCUCGACCCCCGCUCAGCUCGCUGCUGACUCAUGAGUUCUUCCGGAACGACUUUCUGGAGGUGAUGAACUUCCUGAAGAGUCUCACUGUGAAGUCAGAAGAGGAGAAAAAUGAAUUCUUCAAGUUCCUCCUGGACCGGGUCCAGAGUCUUCCUGAAGAACUCAUCGCUACUCGCCUCGCUCCCAAACUCCUCAACUCCCUGGUGUUUGCAGAACCCACGGCUGUGAAGAGCUUCCUGCCUCAUCUGCUCAGACCUAAGAUGGAUCCCUGCAGAGGAGGCAGCCCUGAAGACUGCCUGCUGUCGGCGCCUCUCUACCGGAAACACGUUCUUCCUCAGCUGCUCAAACUCUACAAAGUCAACGAGGAGCACGUCCGCUUCGUGCUGCUGGCUCACAUCCACAUCUACGCCCAGUUCUUCUCCCAGGAGGAACUGAGGAACCAGAUCUUACCUCAGGUUUUGUUGGGGAUGAGAGACACCAACGAUUCACUGGUUGCCAUGACGCUGCAGAGUCUGGCGGUGUUGGUGCCUUUGCUGGGAGCUCAGGUGGUGGUGGGUGGAGAACGAACCAAGGUCUUCAAACGCACCACGCCCGGAUUCACCAAGUCGACCGAAGUCACGCCUGAAACGUCCCCAGUCCACAUAGUUGGGGACUCGCACCCCCAGAUGGCUCAGCCCUCCAAAGCUCUGCAUUUGUUCCCGCGGCCGUCGGAAGCAGAAAACUCCGGAAACGUGGAGCUGCAGGCUGCUCCACCUCCAGACGGCGGCAGACACGCGGCUCUGAACGGCUUCCAUCGGCAGAACUUCAGGUCCUGCAGGCCGGAGCAGGAGGGACGACUCGGCUCCGUGGAGGACUGGCCCGACUGGAGCGACCAGGAGGAGGGUCAAAGUAAAGACGGCCAGUCGGUCCAGAUUCACAUCCAGGAGCCCCAAAACGCCGAAUCUGUAAACCGAGUGAUCGCUUACGAAGACAAAGAGGAGGAGCCAUGGGAGGACUUUAAGGAGACGGGGAAGUCCUCCGAUUCAUUUCUGGGAUCGGUCGAUCCCUCACAGUCGACAGAGAGCUUCUCUGCAUCUGUGAAGCCCGAAGCUCAGAGAUCCAGAACCUCCAAACCCCUCAAACUCGGCUCUGCCCCGUCAACCCAGAGCAGGAGGACUUCCUCCUUCGAUGACGCCUGGACCAAAGAGGCGGCUCAGAACUCAGGACUCAAACCUGCAGCCACCAAAAACCAAGGCGGAGUCGGUCUGGGGGAGGAGUUUACCAUCAAGGUGAAGAAAGCCGUCAAGCAGGACCCGGAGAUGGAUCUGUUUGCAGACAUGGUGCCCGACAUCAAGCUGAGCUCUGCAGCUCUGCUGUCCUUGGAGGAGGUGAAGGACUCCUCAGGAAACACUAAACCUCUGCAGGAGGACUCCUCCAUCGCCGCUGGGACGCUCACGGCGAAGUUUGCAGCGGCUGACCUGCCCGAGAAUGAAACUGACGGUUGGGGCGACGGCGACGACUUGAACUGGGAGGAUGAAAACUCCUGGUGAUGAAGCUUCACGAGGAAGAACUCUCCACUGCAGACUUCAGUCCAUGCAGCACAUCCGGACCGGUUCUUCCCAAAGAGCAGGAAGCCCCUCUGUUAAUCAGAUGCAGUAAGGAAACAUGUCAGCGGGGGCGCUCUUUUCUAGAGGUUCAUCUUGGUAUUUAUUGUGGGUCUUUCCUUUGAUAUCGAAGCGUCGGCGUUUGUCAGACGGUGCUAGACUUUUGACAGACGGCUCUCAGAUUUGCCAAUCGACAUUUAUCACCUUAAGAUGAUUGAAGAUCUUUUUAUUUUCUUAAUGUGCCAACUCAGAUACUUGGUUUGAAGCUCAGUACAAACUUGACAGGAUCUGUUUCUGGAAAAGUGGAGUUUGCACUUUGAAUGAAUGUAACUAGAAAUGUCAUAAUUUAUUUGAGCUGGUUUGAACGCUGAUUAAAUAAAGAUUUUAUUGUACAAAAACUCA